AAAUACAUAAAAAAUUUAGCAGACUUUUUUGAACUGAUUAUACUCUUAAAACAACUGGGAAUCCAAAAGAACACAUAGUUGUUACAUAGUUCGAAAGUAUUUUUUCAUCAAUUUUGGUACUACAGUUUAAAAAAAAAAGGUGGCUUUUGAACCAAAUUAGCACACAGGUCGGCAUCUAUUAUUUGCUGCAUAUUAUUAUAGCAACGUGUUGUCGAGUUUUGUUUUGAAUUACCGUUUCCAACGAUGAAAACAAGUGCUUUGAGUACAUUGGCAGAUGGAAAAAAUAAUAAUUGCACAACAGGAAACAGAAGCAGUAAAGUUCUUCAACAGUACAUAAAUUAUUUGUUAAUACAAACAAACAAACAAAAUAAUGGAAAACUCAUCUCCAAAAAAAACAGAGCCUAUUAAAAGAAAUCAACCUAAAGCUGACUUAUAUGAAACACCAAAUUUUGGAGAUGAGGUAGUAAACAAAAAAAUAGCAGAGUUACAACAGGGAUUGAAAGAUUCACUGAAAGACUCUCGUAAUAAAUUUGCACAAUGCCUAGCAUACAACAAUCUCGGCACUGCAUAUUUCCGUUUGUUCAAGUAUGAUGCGGCAGAGAUUUGUUUUGAUUUGCACUUGCAAAUUGCAAAAGAAUCAACACAUUUGAUUACUUUUGGAAAUAAGAGUAAAUAUGAAGCAAAAACUGCUAUAAUUAAUUUGGGUUGCACAUACCAUAUGAAAAAAGAGUACGAGUUGGCACUGCAGACAUUUCGUGAGGCAAUAGACUUAGCUGAUGAGUUGAACGAUAAAGCUUCGAAAGCACGAAUACUGAGCAACAUGAGUAAUAUUUAUGAGGACUGCUGUGAUUUUGACUCAGCAAUUGAGUGCCAAAACCAGCGAAUGGAACUAGUAACAGAACUGUGUGACAUAAAUGGACAAAUUAAAAGUGCAGCAACCCUUGGUUGUUUAUAUUGCUUAACAGGACAAAUAAGAAAAUCUCUAGAGAACUAUGAUAAAGUAAUAACAAAUUUACGCAUGAAAAUUGUGCAAAAAAAACUUGGUUCCAUAUUUGAUACCAAUGCAGACGAAAAUAUUCAAGAGGACCCAGCAUUUUACGAUAAAGAAGUAAUACAAAACAAAUAAUGAUACACAAAAACCAGAGAUUCCCAUCAUGGCUUUUCAACCAUUUAAUUGAAGUUGGUGUUGUAAUAAUCCAAAGUAUAAAUAAAUACAUAAAUAAAAGAACAGUUAUCCAGAUUGAAAAAAAAAAAAAAAUACUAAAUGAAAAAACACUUAUCAACAACAAAUUGAAUAUUUAUCCAGAACAAACUGAAUAUUUAUCACACACACAAAAAAAAUAA